AUGGAAGACAAUAAUCUAGACACUGAAGAAGAGGCCUCAGAAACAGUCGAGACUGUCUCAGUCCACACAGAGACUCCAGUGUCUAUCCUACGCAGCGAGGCCUCCUGA